AUGAGCAGAAGCAGAAGCAGAAGCAAGGGGCAUGUGUUUGUGACGGUGGGGACGACCAAGUUUGACGCGCUCAUUGCGGCGGUCAACUCGGCGGCAGUGGCCGAGGCAGCGGCUGCGGCAGGUGCUAGCGGCGUGGUGGUCCAGGUCGGCGGGUACGGGGAGGCGAUGGACGAGCUUGCGGCACGAUGUGAUGGGUUGGGGAUUGGCUGCGAGGUGUACAACUACAAGCCGAGCCUGCAGGAGGACAUGGCUGGCGCGGGAUGGGUGAUCGGGCAUGCGGGAGCAGGGACGGUGACCGAAGUCCUGCGGAUGGGCAAGCCGAUGGUCGCUGUGGCCAACGGCUCGCUGAUGAAUAACCACCAGGAAGAGCUUGCAGCGGCGAUGGCGGGAGCAGGGUAUGUGAUCCGUGCCGAACCGGAGCCGCAGUCGCUGGCGGCGGCGCUGGCGGCGCUAUCGGAUGGAUCAGCCGAGCUGCAGCCGUUUCCGCCGCCGGCGUCCGAGGCGUUUGUGGCGGUCCUCGACGCGGAAAUGGGGUUUGUGCCGUGA